AAUGUUAUCUAUCUAGUUCGGAUUAAUAUCGAACACUGUGUUCGAGAUGGGUUUGUUUGGUGGUUUCAAGGCAAAGUUCACGAAAGAUUCUAAAAGCAAAGAAAAAUUACAUAACAAUGUGGUGGUUCUCAAGUAUCACUGCUUUUCAGAGUUCGAUGCCACAGAUCAUCAUGUCCCUCCGGUCAACACCAUUAAGAAAAAUGGAGUCGUUCACGAUAAUCAGAAGCACAAACAAAGACCAAACAUCAACUCCGCCGCCUUUGACAACUCCACCAGUAACAAACUGAACGAAAUAAAGAAAGCUCUGUCACUGAGAAACGUUCAAUCGAAUAACACGCCAAGUGUAUCAAAAAGCAGAUCAGAAAAUGAACUUAGAAGUACUGACGACAAACCUUCAAAGCCAGAAACAUCGAGCGGUUCAAAAGAAGACAUCUCACCAAAAAUACCCUUCAAUGGAAGGGUUGACGGUGGUCAAAAUGAGUUGGAGAAGCAAGAACCACCUAUUUCAGGAAUUAGCGAGACCGUUCAACUAAACAAAACACUUUCUAAGUCACCCACAAGUACCACCAUUAACAAUAAAAAUGAAAGUGAAUACAUCGAGCAGUCAACGUUAAUAUCCAUGACACAACAGCAACCGGAGGCAGAAAACGGCGCUUCCAUUGAAGAAGACAUAUACGGAACUCGAGAGGAUUUCAUUGAUCAUUACAAGGUGAAUGUCGUUCAGCACGAUACGACCAAGAUCCCUUCAUUUUCCGAAGACGAAAUAUCCUACGUAGAAGAUGAAGGACCAUCAAAUGUCUGGUCUGACGGUUUCAGCAAUCAAGCAGAAAGCAUCUUCUUCCAAGGCGAUAUGCACCCCACCAUUAACAGACCAAGAAGGGUCUUUUUGCAGGAUGAUGAAGA